AGUUUUAGUCCGGUGUCCCCAGCAGAGGGGUCCUGGUGCGGGUUUGUACUUCGCGGGCUCCCGGCGCAUGUGGCCGCAGCGCGCACGUCAGCAGAGGGAGAUCAGCACCCUGGACAGCGGCGCCUGGUCAAUAAUAAAGCAGCCAGAGCUCCUUCCCUGCCCAGCCGCUGGGAGCACGGGGAUAGGCGUUUCAACCAUCGGGAAACGGACGGAUGGCUGGAGGAAAAGCAGCGACGUGUUUACGGGAUGACAGUCUUUUAUUUUUUUCCGCCUCUCUCCCUGUUCCGGAAGUAGCUGCUGCGUUGGUUCAAUCUCCAAGCCGACCAUUUCGAGGAGGAAAAUCAGCGCCAGCAGUAUCAUCACCACCAUCUAUCUGAUCCAAUAAUCAAUGCCAUUACUGCCGUGUAAUUGCUGUCGGAAACGAAGACAUCUUUACGCGUCUUCCCCGUCUCUCUCUAAUUAGAAAAAUCGCAGGGUGCCUUUAUUAUUCUGCCUCUCUCUGGCAUUUCAGCGUUGCCUCCCGUGUUCUGGGCUUGCAAUGAAAUGCUGAUGGACAUCGAGCGAAGAUGGGAAGCACGGGGCUUUCGGGUGUUUUUGUGCUGCCGUGUUUCCAGCUAGGCUGCUGAGAGAGAGGGGGGAAAGAGAGACGGAAAGAAGAAAUGCAAAUGCACAGGAUUGUGUUUUUGAUGUCGACGUGGAUUGUCGGGGUGAAUGGCACGGAUUCUUCGUGGAUCAAGCCGGGGUUUUACAAAAAGGAGAUGAAAUAGAGAGAAAAGGGAGAAAAAAGGGGGACCAUGAUCUGACGCUUGGGAUGCUACAGUGAGAGGGACAAAAAAAAAGACAUUAUAAUCACAUCCAGAUCAAACUUCCAUUUCAUCUUCCGCACCCUAAUUUUUCUUCUUUUCUAUUUUUAUUGGAUUAUGAUUCUUGACAAGAGUCUCAGAUGUGGCUGUGUGGAUGGCAUGUCGUUGUAUUUUACAUCCCAUCUUCUAUUUCCUGGCUCUGUGUUGCUCUCUCCUCCACUCGUCCACUCUCUCGCGGUCUUCUGCUUCGGGUAGCAAAAAACAUGUAGGCUGUUUUUUUUCUUUCUUUCUUUCUUUCGUUCUUUCUUUCUUUGCCGCGAGCCUCGGUGCGUUUGGAAAACAAAACCAAACAAAGCGAAACAACAACAACAAUAACAAAAGGUGUAUUUGAGAGCGCAGGAAAAUGGACCGUGGAAAUCAAAACCCGUGCAAGUUGUAAUGUUUUCUGGGGUGCGGUGGAAGACGCAGAUAGACGGCGUUUGCUGAGUUGUUUGAGUAAUGAAUAUUGAAAGAGUGUGUCGGCCAGCUGAAAGGGAAAAUCUUUCAUCCGCAUUGGCUUAGACACACAUGCCAUCAGUGGGGCGAGAGCCUUUAUCUCCUCUCUGGAUUUUCCAAUUAGCAGUUGUGGCAUCGUAGAACAUACUACAGUAGCCAUGAACAUAUCGGAUGUAUGAAUAAUAAUAGUAAUAAUAAUAACAAUAACAGCGGGAGAGGAGGGGAGAUAAAAACACUUAAUUUAUUUAUUUCGGAUUCUUUAUGUGGCCAAACAUGUUCAAGUAUCGAAUCCGCAUGUUUUUUAAUGAACUGAAAGUCCUGGUGUUUAUGCGAUCCGAUUCAAGACAGUCCAGCUCAGACACAGAUAGACGGUCCAACACCAACACCAACACCACUAUGCGAGGUCUGGGGAUGGGCGGCUGCGGCUGGCCGCCUUUCGUCGACUGCCAUUCCCGGGACGACGAGGAGGAGUACUACGGCAGCGACCCGCGGCCCCGGAGCCUGGCGUUUGAGGAGAAGGAGCCCAAGCUGCAAGUGGGCCUGGACGCCGUGUCCCUGGCCAGCACCGCCAGCAGCCUGCGGACCCCCCAGUGCCGGAUCUGCUUCCAAGGCCCAGAGCAGGGCGAGCUGUUGAGCCCCUGCCGCUGUGACGGCUCUGUGCGCUGCACCCAUCAACCCUGCCUCAUCCGCUGGAUCAGCGAGAGAGGCUCCUGGAGCUGCGAGCUCUGCUACUUCAAGUACCAGGUCCUUGCCAUCAGCACCAAGAACCCACUGCAGUGGCAGGCCAUCUCUCUGACCGUCAUUGAGAAGGUGCAGAUAGCAGCCAUUAUUCUGGGUUCCCUGUUCCUCAUCGCCAGUAUUUCCUGGCUCAUCUGGUCCUCCCUCAGCCCCUCAGCCAAGUGGCAACGUCAGGACCUGCUCUUCCAAAUCUGCUACGGCAUGUACGGCUUCAUGGAUAUCGUCUGCAUAGGCCUAAUCAUCCACGAGGGAUCGUCGGUGUAUCGAAUCUUCAAGCGAUGGCAGGCUGUCAAUCAGCAGUGGAAAGUACUGAACUAUGAGAAAUCGAAGGACUUGGGCGACCCGGUGAGUUCGAGCAGUAAGACAGGCGCUCGAGGCUCUCGCGGUAACCCUCACGGUCUGGCCAGCAGCAGCAGCGGGCGACCGAGCAGGAGGCUAAGAACUAUUCUGAACCACCACUGUGGAUACACCAUCUUGCACAUCCUGAGCCAGCUGAGGCCCAACGACCCGCGGAUCAGCGCUGCCGCCAACCGGGAGGUGGUGAUGAGGGUCACCACCGUAUGAGCGGCACGACAGGAUGAGACCCCGUCUUUUGUGUCCCGAUGUAAAUGACAGGAGGGACUUGAUGUUGAAUACUAAAGACUAAGUAACAGGAGCCCCGUGAGGAGCUGAGUGAUGCCCGGAGCAUCAACAGACAGCACACACGAGGGUUUCUCCUCUUGUUUCAUACAACAAAAGAAAGCCAGAUGCUCCUUUUCAAUAAUUAAAGAACUGAUGAAAAUACAGGAUUAAAAAGCAUUAAAAGACAUCAAACGUGAAACAUGUGAACAGGCUUUACAAACCUGAUCCAAGAUGACGAGACGUUUUUUCCAGUUCAAUAUCAGGAUGCACAGAAGCAUUUUUUUCUUUGUUUUUAAUCCUCUUGGUUUGAUUUGUAUCUCUUCUUCUUCUUCUUGUGUUUUUUUUUUUUUUUACUCACUUUGAUUUUGUACGGAUGUAUGAUUUUAGAGGAAAUCAUGUAACUCCAUACAUGCCAAGCAUUUCCAGACAGCUAUGUAUCAUGAUCUUAAAAAAAUUUCUACAAGCUAAACCGAUGCUGGUAAACAGACCGAAAACUGAAACUAAACAAACAUGUGGGCUCCACAGAGGUGACAACAGGACAAUAAGUCAUAAUGAGUAAAAAAAAAAAAUGAAAAAUGAAAAAAAAGAAACAAAAAAUCAAAAAAAAAAUAAAGAAAUCAGUAAGAUUUCAGUUACACUUUUAACCUUUCUGCAAUAAAGAUACGUAUGUACAUUUCA